CGGAUUCAGAGGCAGGCUGUGGAGGAAAGAGGUGCUUGUUUCUCCCCCACACUGGAAACUCCAGCCUCCGAUAACAAAAAGGAAAACCCCUAACGUUUAACACCACUGGAUGCGCGUGUCCUUUCGAUUUCGGUUUUCCUCAGCCUCACUCAUAACCUCUUGGCUCUAACAUCGGCUUGAUUUUCAGCUGCUAAAAAGAACAGCCGGUACCAGAGGACCCAGGAGCCGGCGAAGCACGCGAGGGCAGAGCGAGGACAGCUGAGAGAACUUGUCUUCUUCCUGAAGCUCCCACGCCACGUUGGCAGGUUGCCAUGGCAUUUGGACCCAACAUGAGAGCCCCCAUUUGUCUGGUAGAAAACAUCAAUGAGCAGCUAUCAGUGAAUCAGGAAGCUCUAAAGAUUCUUGACCAGAUUUCUCAGCCAGUGGUGGUCGUGGCCAUUGUGGGACUGUAUCGCACAGGCAAAUCCUACUUGAUGAACUGUCUUGCAGGACAGAACCAUGGUUUCCCUCUAGGCUCCACGGUGCAGUCGGAAACCAAGGGCAUCUGGAUGUGGUGUGUGCCCCACCCCUCCAAGCCUAACCAUACUCUGGUCCUUCUGGACACUGAGGGCCUGGGUGAUGUAGAAAAGGGUGACUCUAAGAAUGACUCGUGGAUCUUUGCCCUGGCUGUGCUUUUGAGCAGUAUGUUGAUCUAUAACAGCAUGGGCACCAUCACCAACCAGGCCCUGGAGCAGCUGCAUUAUGUGACAGAGCUUACAGAACUCAUCAGGGCAAAGUCCUCCCCUACACCGGAUGGAGGAGAUGACUCCAUGGAGUUUGUGAGUUUCUUUCCAGACUUUGUCUGGACUGUACGGGAUUUCACCCUGGAGCUGAAGUUAAACAGUCAUCCCAUAACAGAAGAUGAGUACCUGGAGAAUGCCUUGAAGCUGAUUUCAGGAGGAAAUCCCAAAGUCCAAAUAGCCAAUCUUCCCAGAGAGUGCAUCCGGCAUUUCUUCCUAAAACGGAAGUGUUUUGUCUUUGAUCAGCCAACAAAGGACAAAGACCUUCUAGCCAAUAUUGAGAAUGUUCCAGAAAGUGAACUGGAUCCUAAAUUCCAGGAACAAACAAAGAAUUUCUGCUCUUACAUCUAUACCCAGUCAAGAACCAAAACCCUCAGAGAGGGAAUCGUGGUCACUGGGAAACGGCUGCAGACUCUGGUGGUAACUUAUGUGGACACCAUCAACAGUGGAGUGGUGCCUUGUUUGGAGAAUGCAGUGACAAUUCUGGCCCAGAUUGAGAACUCAGUGGCCGUGCAGAAGGCAGCCGACCACUACAGCGAGCAGAUGGCGCAGCGAGUGAGGUUCCCCACAGACACGCUCCAGGAGCUGCUGGACCUGCACGCAGCCUGUGAGAGGGAAGCCAUUGCAAUCUUCAUGGAGAAGUCCUUCAAGGAUAAAAACCAGGAGUUCCAGAAGAAGCUUGUGAAAAUCAUAAAGGAUAAGAAGGAUGAUUUCAUGCUACAGAAUGAAGAGGAAUCUGUUAAAUACUGCCAGGCUAAACUUGAUCAGCUUUCAGUGGCCCUCAUGGAAAGUAUUUCAGCAGGAACUUUCUCUGUUCCUGGGGGUCACAAGCUCUACUUGGAAACAAAGGAAAGGAUUAAAGGGGACUAUUGCAAAGUGCCCAGGAAAGGAGUGAAGGCGAACGAGGUCCUCCAGAGCUUCCUGCAGUCACAGAUGGCAAUAGAGAAAUCCAUUCUGCAGGCAGACAAAGCACUCACAGAUGGGGAGAAGGCCAUGGCAGAGGAGCAGGCCAGGAAGGAGGCUGCUGAGAAGGAGCAGGAGCUGAUGAAACAGAAACUGCAGGAGCAGGAGCAACACAGGGAGGCUGAGAGGAGGAGUCUUGAGGAAAACAUAGCCCAGCUGAAGGAGAAGAUGGAACAAGACAGAGAGAACAUAAUUAGAGAGCAGACUAUGAUGCUGGAGCAUAAACUGAAGGUACAAGAAGAUCUGCUUACUGGACAAUUUAGGAAGAAAUCUGAAGCUAUGAAUGCAGAGAUAAAUCAGUUGAGAAAUAUGAUUGAAACUGGAAAUGACAGUCAUUUAAUUUCAGAAACCUUGAGUAUGAUUAUCAUGGAACUCAUUCCAAUAUUGUUUGCUAAACCUAUUGGUAAUAUUGUGACAAGAAUGAGCUCACUAUUUAAAAAGAUCUAGUUCUUCAUUUAAUGAAAUUAUAAAAUGUAGGUAUAUGCUCUGGCUUAUUUUUUUGUAUAUACACCUCUGAACUGAAAGACAGAGACAGAUUAAAAUGACUUGGCUAAAGUUAUAGCCAGCAAGUGACAGCGGGGAGGAGCAGCAUUAACUAGAGACAACAUUUUACCCUGGGAGGCAAAUAUAAAAAGCACCGGAGACAGUAGGUUUGUAGAACUAAAGAUGGUUCUCACUGGCUGGAACCUACAGAGCCGGCAGGAAGGAGCACUGAUUGUUUUUUCAUUCAUACAAAUUUUAAACAUAAAAAGUGCCUGUUAGAGAAUAUUAAUGUCUAGCCCACUUUAGGUGGAAUAAGUGCAUGUGCAUUUUGAUAUAGCAUGUUUACUUUUGAGAAAUAUGCAUGUGCAAAAUUAUAUGGGAGUAUAUAUAAAAUCUAUUGAGGCACUGCUUUUAAUGACCAGAUUUUUAAAACUACUUAAAUAUCCAUCUAUAAAAAUUAGUAGUAUAAAUUUAUCAUGCCUGGCUGGUAUAGCUCAGUGGAUUGAGUGUGGGCUGUGAACAAAUGGUCACUGGUUCGAUUCCCAGUCAGCACACGUGCCUGUGUUGUGGACCUGGUCCCCAGUAGGGGGUGGUGCGUGAGAGGCAACCACACACUGAUGUUCCUCUUCUUCUCCUUCCCUUCCCCUCUGUCUAAAAUUAAAAUAAAAAAAUCUUUAAUAAAUUUAUCAUGUACAUAUACUGGAAUAUUAUGUAGCCAGUAAAUAAGUUGAAGGUGUUACUCUAUUUGUACCAAUAUAGAACAAUCUUCAAAAUAUAUCACACAGAGAAAAAAAUGAAGGACAAAACAGCCUGUGUAAUGUGUUUACUAUAAAUAAGUGUAACUAUUGUGUGCAAACAUUCAUAAAUACACAUGAAUAUUUCUGCAAUGAUUCAUUAGAACUGAGUAACAUUGGUUUCUCUGGAGAGGAUUGAUGUGAUCGGGGUGGAAAACAUACAUGCUUUUCAUGGUAAGCUGUAGAUUUUAAAUUUUAUAAAGAAAGCUUUUAUUAACAUUUUAAAUAAAGUUCAAAAUAAAUAAAGAAAAAUUAAAAUGCAAUACUAAUAUAGAUACUAAGAAGAGAAUGUGAAGUUGGCUAUCAGAUGAUGAAAGUGUUCAUUGCUUCUAGAAAUGACAUUAGUCUGCUCAAAGAUCAGAAUACUACAAAACAUAAAAUUUGAAUCCUCAUCUUGUUUUCAUUUUAGCCUUGGGUCUUGAUCCUUUAUAUUUGUUUCAAAACUAAGAUAUAAACUUUCAUGUUGCCCUUUGAAGUCUCAGCUAACUUAUCCUCUUCUGCCUAUCUUUGGACUACACUUUUAAAGUGUGAAACUCAAACCAGUAAACAUAAGAAUAUGCACUGGUGAGAGGGAUUCUAUCAUCUUAGACGUGCAGUGGUGGCCUCUUUGCUGUAGGCAAGAACCAGAAGGGACAAAUGCCAUUGCAGGACUGGAUACCCCUGCUAGUGUGGGGGAUGAUAAACCUUUAUACAUGGAGGCCAGGUAUUGGCACUUCAAUAUCAGAAGCCAGGUACAUACAAUGAUAGUAAUGAGCAUCAUGGUUUAUCUUAGCUCAGGCUACUAUAGCAAAUUGCCAUGUAUUGAGUGGUUUAGACAAUAAACAUUUAUUUCUCCCAGUCCUAGAGGCUGUUAGAGAUCAGUGUGCCAGCAUCCCAAGGCAAAGGGCCCUGCAACUCUGGGACAAGGACUAAUGAUAGCAAUUUUCCCAUUCCUCCCCCUAGGGGACCUCUACCCAUUUACUAGGUACCUGUGUUCUGGGGAAAUGGAAAUGCUCAAGCAAUUUGAUGACUUUUGAUAAGUUGUCAAUGAUACCAGUUAUCGGAAAAACAUCACAGUCUUGUGUCUGAAUGCAGGUCCAGCUGCCCACUAUUUUAAAAACUAGUAUUCAAGAGGCAGGUGCUGAUGUAAAGUGGUUUUAUUUAGGUGCCAGCAACCUGGAAGAUGAGAGACUCUCAUCUCAAAGCCCAUCUCAGCAUCUCAGGUGUCCUACCUAGUUUACAUAGGGGAACUGUGGUAAGAAGGAACUAAGGAAUUUCUGGUGAAGUGCAGUUUCUCAGUUCUGCUUUUGGGUGGUUACACUGUUACGGCCUAUGUGCAUCAUCAUGUAGUUUCACUGUUCUGUCCACCGGUUCACUGCCAAUAAACGCUGGUUCUGAUAUGAGUCACUGACGCUUGCCCAGUUUCUUGUGGUCAGGGUCAUUUUUUGGUUCAGCAGGAGCUGCAACUGCUGAUGUCUAUAAAAUCCUUAUAAGAAAACUUUAGUACAUGAAUCUUCUAUGAGUUUGUUAUACAGCCUAUUCUAUUACUAUGAUCUGAUUAAUAAAUUAUGUUUACUUCAA